AUUAACAGAUUUCCGAUGAUGAUCGAAUGAGCUUAACUACAGCCGUUUCUGAUGAAGAUGAUGGCGAAAGUGUCAUGGCGUCACCAUAUAAAGCAAAAGCAACUGGUACAGCUGCGUCCUCAUUUAAUUGCACUGGCGCUGUUCGUAAAGCUGGUUUCCUUUCGGUGAAAAAAUGGUUGCUUCGCAAAAAGCAUCAAAUCGAAUUGGCACGCAAACGUGGCUGGAAGGGUUACUGGGUCUGCUUGAAAGGCACCACACUACUAUUUUAUCCAUGCGAUUCGCGCGAAGGACGUAGCGUCGAAGCAGCACCGAAACAUUUAAUUAUUGUUGAUGGUGCGAUUAUGCAACCAAUUCCGGAACAUCCAAAACGCGAUUAUAUAUUCUGUUUGAGUACUGCAUUCGGAGAUGCGUAUUUGUUCCAAGCGCCCUGUCAGGUGAGUACACUACAGAGUAACACACAAUACACACAAUACACACACACAAGAAAAAAUUCCAUUCUCAUAGCACCUAAAAUAAAACUACGGAUAAUACAAUGUGGAUUCGGUUUGGUUUGUCAUGGAUCAAUUGCUAACACUGCUACGACUACUGCUGAUGGUGGUACUGGUAUUGGUGCCGGUGCUGGUUUGGAUUCUGGUUACUGA